AUGACAAAAAGCAGAAAAUUACAAUCACCACAUAUUACAACAGCUUCUACUAUUACUACAACCACAACUACAACAACAGUAAAGCAAGAUGGUAUUGCAAAAAAAAUAUUAAAAACAUCAGCAUCAAGCAUUAAAACAGUACAUGCAGGUGUAAGAUCAGUAUUAAGACAUGUUCCAAUCAAGAAACCUCCACAAGUUGUAAGAUGGGAUUUUUUAGGUGUUGGAUUAUCAUAUAUGUGGGGUAAAAUUAAUAGAAAACAUUUACCAGUAUUCAUGAGAAAACCGCUUUAUCAAGCAUGGAUUAAUAUUUUUAAAUGUAAUCAAAGUGAAAUUCCAGCCCCACUUGAAAGUUAUCCAUCAUUAGCAGAUUUCUUUUCAAGACCGAUUAUAGAAGGAGCUAGACCCAUUUCAAAUGAAGGUACAGUCAGUCCAGUAGAUGGUCGUGUUUUAGCAUGUGGCGAAAUUAAAAGCGAUCUUGUUGAACAAGUUAAAGGAGUAACUUAUUCAAUUUCCCACUUUUUAGGUUGUGAUCCACAAACUUUAUUAAAAAACAAAGAUUCAAAACUUUAUCAUUGUAUUUUAUAUUUAUCACCAGGUGAUUACCAUCGUAUUCAUUCUUCAGAAGAAUGGUCAAUUCAAAAUCGUCAACAUUUUCCAGGUACAUUAUUCCCAGUUAACAAACCAUUUUUAAAAUUAAUCCCAAGUUUAUUUGCAUUAAAUGAAAGAAUUGUACUUACAGGUGAAUGGCAACAUGGUUUUUAUUCUUUAACAGCUGUUGGAGCAUAUAAUGUUGGAUCUAUAUCAUUAAACUUUGAUGAGGAAACAAGAACAAAUUGUAUUACUAGAGAUUUUAGAUGUAAAAAUUUAGAAUAUUUCUCAUGGAAUGGCGUUGGUACCCAUUCUUAUGAUUUAACAUACGAAUCCCCAAUACCUCAAGAAAGAGGUCAAGAAAUAGGUCAAUUCCAUCUAGGUUCAACCGUAGUUUUAAUUUUUGAGGCCAAAGAUUUCGAAUUUACAAUUAAACAAGGCGACUAUUGUAAAAUGGGUUCAUUAAUUGGAAAAGAAAAAAUUAAUUAA